AUGGAAACGGAAAAUUUUCAGAAGGAUAAUGACCAAGAUCAAUGUUCUAUUCUUUUUGACCAUGAUGACAUUUGUUAUGAUACAAUGGUCAACGAAGAACCAACUAAUAUCGAAAAAAGGAAAUUUGCUUUAAAUGAAGAAACUGAUGAUGAACUGAUAGAAACUAUUUAUUCUACAGAUGAAGAAAAUCCAAGUGAAGAAGAAAAUUCUAGUGAAGAGGAAAAUCCUAGUGAAGAAGAAAAUCCAAGUGAAGAAGAAAAUCUAAGUGAAACAUUUACAGGAGAAAAUGAAUUAAAUACAAUUUUGCAACUACAUGAAUAUCAUGAUGAAAAAACAACUGAAGUUUUGCAUGAUCAGUUUCACAGAGAGUAUAAUGAGAUUGAUAUAUCUGUUUGUUUAAUAGUUUUGAAAACAAAGCAUAAGUUAACAUUCGAAUGCUUAAAUGAUAUUAGAAAAUUACUUAUUUCAUUGAAAGUGAAAAAUGUACCAUCAUCGAUAUAUCGAGUUCGUAAAUUAAUUAAUACAACUAGUAAAUCAACUAACGGUAACACAUCUCCAACAAGUGCUACAUCACCGACAAUUAUUUGUCAAAAAUGUGAACGUAUCUCAUUAUCCCACGUACGUUGUACUCAUAAUAAUUGUGAUAAUCACGAAAAAUAUGAAACUAAACCAUAUACUUAUAUUUAUUUUAAUGUUCAUCAUCAGUUGCAACAAAUAUUUUGUCGUGAAGAAAACAUUAAGUGUUAUUCAUUGCAAAAGGAACCAUCAAUUAAUGUUAUGCGUGAUGUUAAUGAUGGACAGGUUUAUUCUAGGUUGUUAAGAGAAGUUAACAUGAACGAGAUGAAUAACAUAAUGACUUUUAUAAUGAAUGUUGAUGGUAUUGCUAUUGGAAAUAAUACUGAAGAAUCAUUGUGGGUGAUAACAUGUACAAUCAAUGAAAUAAAGCGAUCCGAAAGAUUCAAAAUUCACAAUUCCAUCAUUGCUGGAGUCUGUUCAUGUUAUAAAAAGCCCACCCGUACAAUCAUGCAAUUAUUAUUAAAGCCAAUUGUUGAGCAGCUAGUUGAAUUAGAAAAGCCUCAUCUUUUUCAAAUGAAAGCGUAUAAUAAUAAUUAUAAAAUGAUCCAAAUGUAUUUAAUUGGUACUUGUAAUGACAAGCCUGCAACUAGUUUAGUGCAAAAUUCACCCGAACCAAUUGCGAAAUUUGGCUGUAGUCGGUGUGAGCUGCCUGGCGAAACUACUCUUUCAAACACAAAGGAACAUAUUACACAAGAUCGAACAUCUUCAACCGUUAGAAAAACAAGAAAAGAUACACACAAAAUUCGUGUUUUUCCUACGAACGAAGAUGAUCGCAUUGAACUGCGUUCAUCAGCACGAUGUGAAAUAGCUCUUAAUCAACUAGCAAAAGCGAAACAUCGUAGUCAUCAUCUAACACAAGAAGAUGAAUUAAAUUUAAGAUUAGGUCGGCUUGCAUCAACAACAAGUGGCACUAAACAUUUACCACGUGAAAUUGAAAAUAAUGUAGAGUUGAUUAAAAAUUCUUCAUUUUUAGCUAAUACAUACUGCACUUCAUCAUCAUUAUAUUCUCUCAUAUCUGAAUUUCAAGGUAAUCAAAAAGAUGAAUGUUUAACAUCAAACAAUUAUCUAGUACAGAGAAAAAUAUCGAUCAUUGAUGAUGAUGACAAAAAUGAGCUGUGUUUAAAAUUUGGAAAAGAUUUAUUAUUAUAUUACAAAUGUAUUAUAAAAGGCGCUACGUUUACAACAUUAAAUUAUUCGAGAUCAAAACAGUUUCAAGAUUGCGCUAUACUUUAUAGACGUGAAAAUAGUCUUUAUUUUGGUCUCAUUAAUAAAAUUAUAUUAAUAACAACAUCAAAAACUUUAUUGUUUCAAGUUUAUCCUUUAUCGAACAAUAGAAAAGAUGAAAUAUUAUUGAAUUUUAAUGAACAAAAAGUUAUAUGCGAUAAUGUUGAAUAUGGAACAAUUAACUUUGAUCAUCAUAUUCAUAUUAAUGCACACGAUGUUAUUGAAAAAGUGUCCUACUAUCAGCAAAAAAAUAAUUUUAUUUUUGUUCGUUACCCAACGUUAAUAGAAUCUAGUUAG